AAAACAAAUGGCGCCAAGAUGAAAAAAAAGAAACGAUGAAAAUCACGUAGUCCAUACAUCUUGAGUGUUUAUUUUUCGGUAACACACAAGAGAUACAGAUUCUAUGCAUGUACAUCCAUUUAAAAUUCACAUUUAUAUAUGAUGAUGAUGAUGAUAUUGCGCACAUGUGCACAUAAAAUUCGUACCACAUUUUCUCCUGAUCCUGACAUUAUAACCAAAAAUCGUCUCAACGUUGAUCAUAACGCGGCGACAUAUAUGUUGCUUGCAGAUGAACAAAAAAAAAAAAAAAAUACACGGUGUAAAAUAUAUGUGUGAUGAUGUUUGUAAUUGGAAAUCGACGAGGACAAAAAUUAAGUUGCUUGAAUGCAUGCAUGCAUGCUUUUGUGAAUGUUAUAAUAUACGGCGCGCGGUCACCGCCAAAUCGAAAUCAUAUUUUUCGUUCAUUCGUUUCCUCGAACUUGAUCUUUUUUUCCCAUUGAUGCUCACCUCAAAUUUGAUGAUCUGAUUUUUUUUUAAUCUGGUCUUCCAGUAUAAAGUUUGUUUCAUACAGAACGAUCGAGUGAUUUUUUUUUUGAAAGUGAAGCCACAAAUACAUCACUCAGUGAGUCCUGCGUUUUGAAAUAGAAAGUUUGUCUUUGUGAAAUAUAAAUUAAUUCUAUUUGGAAUCGACUUCCAUAAUGUAUUGAAAGGAUGUUUUCUCAUUUGAUUUGAUAAUAAAACGAAAUUUUUUCUCCCAAACAAUAUUUCAUCGCCAUUUCCUCCGUUAUCGGCUUUUUAUGAAUGAUAAACAAUUUUUCAUGUUGAAAAUAUAAAACUGUGAUAACUAAAUUUAGUUCAACCAAAUUUGUGAUAUGUUUUUUUUUUUGGUUGAUGUUCAUCUGCGUAUCUUUGUGUUCUGGUUAAUAUCAAAACGUAAUUUUGUUUCCGAGAAAACAUAAAUCCUCCAUCAAUAUCAUCAUCAUAUAUUGAAAAUUUAAUCAUAUUUUCAAAAAUAAAAAUCAUGCCCAAAGUGUCUUCGAAUUUGAUUCAUAGCAUUUUGAUCAUUUGGUAUUUAUUGCCAAUGAUAUGGGGCCAAAAUUCAACCCAUCCAUUUGAUGACAGAACGUUUAUACAAAAUUUCAGUUUGGCAUCUAAAAUAUUCGAGUCAAAAUAUGAAUUCAAUGAAUCAAUGAAUGUGGAUAAAUCGGAAAAUUUUUAUGAUAUACCGAAUCAGCCCGAAUGGUUGCAUGAUACAUUUCUACUUUUAAGCUCAGUAAAUUCCAUACGUUUUUGGUCAUUGGAUUGUCCAAUUCAUCACUCGAGUCCAUUAUUGGUCAAUUCUACUCGUCAUGCAUAUCUCACACAAUAUGGCAUAUCUGGUAUGUCAAUUUAUCAGCAAACAUCAUCAGAACAUUUCCAAUUGUUUUGGUUCGAUGUUCCAAGUUAUCAGCUUUACCAUGGAACCAUUAUCAGGCCAAACAAUUUAGAUAAAAAGGAUUGUGGUAUGCUACUCAGACUUGAAAAUAUAAAGCCAAUACAAUUAGAUUCCAAUCCAUUAUUGGAUGAUCCAAAAGAUGAUAAUUUUUUUCAUCUAACUAUCGAUGCUCAAAACGAAUUGCUUUUUUUAUCGAAUUUACUUCGACAUCGAAUAGAUAUCUAUCAAAUCACAAAUGAAUCAUUAAUUAAUAAUGAAAUACAAUGGCUAGAAUCAUUCAAUCAAACGAAUCAUCCGAAAAACGUACAAGUCGAUCAAGAACAGAAAAUUUUAUUCUGGAUUGAAUCAUGGAAACGUAUAUGUAGUGUGAAUUAUUCGGAUAUGCGAAAUUUAAACAAAAUUUGCACAAAAGACUUUUAUAAACAUAAACCUGUGGCGAUGACAUUAGAUCUGGAAAAUCAUCGUAUAAUAUGGUCAGAUAAAUCAAGUAAUAUUCUUUCCGGUGAUUAUUGGAUUGAAAGUGAAAAUGAAGCUCAUCUUAUUUAUAAAUCAUCAAUAUCAUCGGUGAUGGAAUUGACAGUUUUUUCAAAUCAAGAUAUUAAUGGUCAUCAUAAACAAUGGAUUUUCGUUCAGGAUCAGCAUGAAGUUCAAUUGAUCGAUUUAUCGACAAAUAAUGAAACCAUUGUUUUGAUCGAAUCACAAACAAUAUUUGAAUCCUUAUUGUUAGCGUUUCGAAGAAAACAUGAUCAAAUUGUUGUCAAAACAACAAAAUUUCCGGCGUUCAAACAGGAUGAUAGUGAAAAACAAAUCUCAUCUACACAAGUCGAUGACAAAUGGUUUUAUUUUUUUAUAAUUGUAUUUGUUAUUUUAUCCAUAUUGAUUGUGAUAUCCGUUUUUACAUUUUUAACCAUCAAUAACAAUUCGGAUGAAGAUGACAGUCUCGAAUCAGGAUCAGUUAAUAAUCCUGGAUACCGAAAAUUGACCACACCAUCAGACCAAAUUUUCGAUACGGGUAUUCAACAACAUUCAGCUAGCCUUCAUUCUGAAUAUCAGCACGAUGAUAAUAACAAACAAAGUAAAAUUAAAUCGAGGCUAGUUUCGAAUGAUAUUGAAGAUAUUGUUCCAAUAAUUUCUAGUGAAUCUCAACAAAAAACAUGUUUAUCAUUUACAAAUCCAUUCAUUUUGGCCAAUACUUGUGAUUCAUGUCUCCUGCCGGAACACUGCCAAGGACAAGGAAUAUGUUUGGCAACUUAUUCCAGAAACAAACAAAAAAAUAAUUGUAAAUAAAGUUAUUUUUUCUAACCAAUUAUGGUUUGUAAUAAAAUAUUUUUUUCAACCAA